UUCGUCACGCCGAGGGCAGGGCUCUCCCGUCGCUCUGCCCAUGGCGGCUGGCGCCGCUUCUCCGCCUGCUCCUCCAGUGCUCCUGGGCCUGCGCGAUGCUGCUGUGCCGCCGACGGGCUCCUGCCAGGGCGGCCUCCUUCAGCUUCACGGGGCGGCGAGCAAAGUGGGCGGCUCUGCGGACUGUGCGCCUUUAGUCACUCUGGUUCAUCCUGCCUGUGGGGUUUGCAAGGCUGGCUUGGCACACAUUGUUCAGAUCUAUUGUCCCCUUGAAGGCUCACCGUUCCACCGCAUCAUUAACGUGUUUGCUUGCACAAUGAAAAGCUGCUGGGGGAACUCCAAAAGCUGGAAGGUGUUGCGGUCCCAGUAUCUGCAAGUGCAAGGAAAAGAAAUGCAAGACUGCAAGCAGAAGCAAGAAUGCCUGCCUGCAGCCAAGGAUUGGUGUGAGGAAGCAGAUGACUGGGGAGAAGGCGAUGAGGCAGCUGCUUCUGAAUACACUACAGGCCACAGCCAUGACUUGCUUGCAGUGUCGGACUCUUUGCUCAGAGAAGGAGAUUGUGCCGCACAGUUCCAGGGUCUCAGCCUGGAAGCACCCCCCAGUGCCUCCCACCCUUUGCACUCCCAUAAUCCACCUGGGGAAGAGCAAAUCAUGCCCAGCUGUGUCCCUGAGUUCCGACCUUACUACAUCGGUGUUGUGGAAGAAGACGACUUCCUCUGCUAUGAAGAUACAGGCCAUGCCCAAAGACUCUUGAAGGAGUAUCAGCAGAGGGAGGGUCUUGAUUUGGAACAAUUGAUGUUGGAAAGCUACGCAUCUGAUGGUGAGAAGUAUGAGAAAAGUGAAGCUGAAAAGAGACACCAGGUGUUCCUUAAGUUUAUGAAAAAGAUAUCUCUCUGCCCGGAACAGAUCUUAAGGUAUUCCUGGGGUGGCCAGCCUUUAUUUAUCACCUGCCCUUCGACAGACAUUGGGUCAGCAGCCCCACCUUGUAAUAUCUGCAAAAGCAAGAGAAUCUUUGAAUUUCAGCUUAUGCCAACCUUGGUCAGCAUGCUCAAGACAAGAGUUGACGAUGUGUCAGUGGAAUUUGGAACAGCAUUAGUGUAUACCUGUGAGAAGAGCUGCUGGCCGGCCAAUCAACCAACAGCCUUGGAAGAAUUUAUUUUUGUACAAGAAGAUCCAGAUCAGAAAUUAUUUAAAUAGAUUUUAUUUAAUUCCUUGCUUAAAUGUAGCUGUGGUUUUUUAAUAAAAUAAAAUAAAUGCAGUAAC